AUGUCUUCCGUGCUACAAUCCGUUUCCAGGAGGUUAGCAGGGAAGGUGGCACUGAUCACAGGCGGAGCAAGCGGGAUCGGCGCCGCCACGGCCAGGCUGUUCGCCCAGAACGGCGCCAAAGUCGUGAUAGCCGACGUCCAAUCCUCACUGGGAGAUUCCGUCGCUAAAGAAGCGAGCUCCAACUCCCAACACCCCGUUUCCUUCGUCCGCUGUGACGUCACCAAGGAGAGCGACGUGGAGAGCGCCGUGGACGCCGUCGUUUCGGCCCACGGGAAGCUGGACAUCAUGUACAGCAACGCCGGGGUCACGGGGGACAGCUCCGGGCACCGGAUCCUGACGGUGGACGCGGAGGAGCUGAGGAGAGUGCUGGAGAUCAACGUGGUGGGCGGGUUUUUGUGUGCCAAGCACGCGGCCAGGGUGAUGAUCCCGAAAAAGAAAGGGACCAUUUUGUUUACUCCCAGCGUGGUGACGGACACGUUUGGGCUGUUCGCUCACACGUACACGGCCUCGAAGCACGCGCAGGAGGGGCUGGUGAAGAAUCUGUGCGUGGAGCUGGGGCAGUACGGGAUUCGGGUCAACGCGGUUUCUCCCGCCGACGUCCCGACUCCGAUGGCCAUGAAGGCGCUCGGGUUGGACCGGAAGGGUGUUCAGGAGUUCUAUGCUCAGAAGUCGGCGUUGAAAGGUCUGCUGCUGGACGAGAACGACAUCGCCGAGGCGGCUCUCUACCUCGCCAGCGAUGAGUCGCAGUUUGUGAGUGGGUUGAACCUCAUCGUCGACGGUGGCUACAAUUUGAGGAGCGCCUAG